AUGAUAUUCUGUUUUAUACCUUUCAUAAUCCCCUUGGCGAUAUACACCUUGAAUCUCUUAUCAGGAUAUAAUUUCCUUCCUGUGAUCCAAACGCAUACCACUCACGGACAAGCAUUGAUGAACUCAAUCAUCAAUUGGUUCACCGUGACUUCGUCUACAUCUUCACAUUCCGCAUUAAUCAACUCCGUAGAUGAUUCAAUUUCAUCUUGCAUAAACGUCUACCCUACAAUCCCAAAGAUCAUCUAUUUCGAACACACUUUGGAUUCAGGUGUCGCUCACCCAAAUCACCUCUCCUCCCACGAUCUGAACCAGUUCAGGUGGUCAACCUUCAGUAUAGCUAUUCCAACUCCUACCUUCACUUAUACCUCACCUUCGGACAUGGUAGUGAUCGAAAUGACAUCAAUAUACACUCCUUCGCCAACGACUGGAAACUGGUUUGAACUUCAAGGAGAUGAACACAAUCCUGAGGAUGCAAAAUAUGAAAUCACCGCAUACCUCACAAAUAUCUUAUUUGCUUUAACCGGUCUGUUGAAGGUGGCUCAGAAGAAAUUGAAGAAAUGUUACGCUCAAAUGAAGUCAUCUUGGAGCGAAACGGAUGUCUUCUCAAGUUAUCGUAUGAAUGGAGCCCACCUUUUUGUAGCAUCGACAUUUGUGGCAGUUUACAUUGUUUUGGGAAGAUUGAACUUGACGUCCAGGUCGAUUCGAAAGCUCGGUGGGUUCACCCAAAGAAUCCUUGUGGACCUUCUUUCAACCGUCAAGAAACGAGUCCAAGACCUUGAAGACUCGGAAGAGUUGAAUGCUGGACAUGAACCUACCGUUAAGCGGACAGUUACUCAGAAUGAAAGUCCUACAGAAUACACCUCAAACGAACAGCCCUCAGGCGCCGGUCCAAUUGACAGGCAAUGCGAUACUCGUGAAAGCUGUAUGGUAGGAGACAAGCACAGAGAAAUCGCAGACGAGUCGCGUGAUCAACACGCCGAUAAAGGGGAAUACCCGGUGGCAGAAAGCGACGAGAGCGCAAAGCUGGACUCCUUACCAACAAAGUCCUGUGGUAAAAUCACAUCCUCUGAUUUUAGAGCGGAACCAGAGAAAGAAGAUACAGAGCCACGGUCAAUACACUCAAAUGGUAUCUUUUCUCCACUAAACCCUGGUCAAUCAGAUACGUCAGUCUCGAUGGUUGAAUUCGAUAGUGUCCCUUGUUUCAACACUGGUCAGAAUAGACCGAGGAAGUCAAACAAGAGGGUCAAGCAAAGAAACACUAGAUUUCAGAUUCCCCUGGAAGUAGAAAGCCCUGCGCCUCUAACCUGUCCAGUCCAACAAGUCAACACUGCAACCCAAGUCGAAAAGGCACCAUUUCGCUUCCUUCCUCCUGCGAGUCUAUCUGAUGCACCGACAUCUUCAAGUCGACCACCCGAUUCUACUUUUAUCACACCUCUACCCUUCAAGCUUAUCAGCACUCCCCUCGUCUCCUCCUCCCCGACCACCCACUCACCCAUAAUCAAUCCCACAAGGACCCAUUACAUCGACUCUUCUGAACCAUUGCCCAUCCUGGCCAAGGAUUGGUGGCAGGAUACGCCCAUUGUACGACAGGUCGAGCCUGACUUGGCAAAGGCAAAAUUGCGAACACAAAUUGCGGCUCCAGUCAAAGACGCUUUUCACGCUCAGAUUGGUCAGCUGGUAGACGAGGACAGCUCACAACGGGUUCCAGAUGUAGAGCCUGAAGAGAAGCCUGCUCCUCCCCCAAUUGUAGAUCAUGAUGCGAACUCUAUUGAAAGCUUGAUUUCUGCCCUUUCAUCGCCCAGAUCAAGGAGCAUCUCACCACAAAGACGGAUCGUGUCUGACCCGCCUCCAAUAUCCAAAGACAGUCCGCCGCCAGAUCGAACGAAGCCUUUCUAUGCCACGGAUAAGAUUGCUCUUCAAGCUAUACUAUCUCCAACUCAAUCACACCGAUUACCUUCACCUCCCUUACAGUCCCUCCCUGUGGGCGCCCGAAGUUCGCCACCAACACCGGGACGACUCUUACUUUCUACCAGAGAAGGGAAAGCUAGAAGCAAUAACAACACAGCUUGUGAUUGCCAAACCUGUCAACGCCGGCAUGCGACAUACUCUCAGUUUUCGGCCAAAAUGACGACAUACCCCAUACCGCCCGAUGACACCUGUAUAUCUCCAUUAUAUUUCGACAUGCCGACUAUAAAACGGGAAGAACACCGUAAGGAGACACCUACCGGUGCGAUCAGAACAGAGGUCUCCUCAUCCAGCGGGCCUCAAGUUGACAAGCCAUUGAAACAAGUCAACACUCCCGUUGAGGCGAAGGGUAUAUCAACCGGUGAACAGAUUCACCAAAUGGGUGGCAGUGCCUCACCGCGGCCUGUGAUGCAUCCGUGGGCCAUAACAAGGACAGACAAGCCCGCAGUAGUGGACUCUCAAGUGGUGACGACCAGAUUGCAGGGCUCAGCAGAAGACUGGCUUGCUAGGAUCAACUCGAUGAAAGCCAAGACAGCAAAUCCGGUUGUCACGCAGUCAGCCAUCAAGAAAGCUCCCGACACUGUAGACGUUAAUACUCACUUCAAUAACGGGAAGCAAGCUGGUCUUACUUCUGCUAGGAUGAGUUCCGCAUCAGCUGCUGGCCCUCAGGGAGAAGCUACAUGGGAUGAAGAUGGACAGGUAGAGAUUGGCAAGGGGAACAAGUGGAAGAUGGUGAAGAAGCCGAAGAGGAUUUGA